AUGGAUCCCUCUCAAAAUGAAACUCCUCCUCAAAAUGGAACUACCGAAAUUAACCUCGGGGAGGUUAUCAUUACCAAAGCCACCGGAAAACUAAACGAGUCACCGCCGGAGGAAAUAACUGAUAAUGACGUCAGUGGUGAGAAUGGAGAAGCGUACCUCGAGAACGGCGACGACGUCGUUAAGACUGAAACGGCUUCUGCGGAAGAGUCGGAGCACGUGACAUUAGCCGUUACGGAGGAGCUGGCAGGGGUCCUCCAACCGCAUGCACAGCUCCCGAAGCCCGAGGCGCCGCGUGGCCUUCACGACUCGCCUCCUCCUUCUCCGAACGACGCCGCUUCGGAGAAGAAUCAGAAUUUAAUGCCGGCGAUAGGGAAGCUCAUCCGGGAGAGAAGCAACGACUUCUCGUCGGCGUUUUUGAAGAGGUUCUCGUCGCUCAAGGAGAGCAAUUUCGCCGACGAGUUUCUGAAGCCGAGCGUGACGGAGUUCAACCUCUCCGGCCUGACAGUGACGGUGAAGAUGAAGAGCGAGACGGAGCAGCAAACGGCGGCGAGUCUCAAAGGCCGGAUCAGCUUCUUCUCCAGGUCCAAUUGCCGCGACUGCACAGCCGUCCGGAGCUUCUUGAAGGAGAAAGGACUGAGAUUCGUGGAGAUCAACGUGGACGUGUACCCGCAGCGGGAGAAGGAGCUGAUCGAGAGGACCGGCACGUCGGCGGUGCCUCAGAUAUUCUUCAACGAGAAGCUGUUCGGCGGUUUGGUGGCGCUGAAUUCGCUGAGGAACAGCGGCGAGUUUGACCAGAGGUUGAAGGAGAUGAUCGGGUCGAAAUGCCCCGACGACGCGCCCGCUUCGCCUGUUUACGGGUUUGAUGAUCUCGAGGAGGAACUGACGGACCAGAUGAUAGGGAUCGUGAGGGUGUUGAGGCUGAGGCUGCCGAUUCAGGACCGUCUGAUGAAGAUGAAGAUCGUCAAGAACUGCUUCGCCGGCGGCGAGAUGGUGGAGGUCCUCAUUCACCAGUUGGACUGCGGCCGUAAACAGGCAGUUGAGAUUGGAAAGCAACUGGCUAAGAGGCACUUCAUUCAUCACGUCUUUGGAGAAAAUGAGUUUGAAGAUGGAAACCAUUAUUAUCGAUUCCUUGAGCAUGAACCAUUUAUCCCCAAAUGCUAUAAUUUCCGAGGAUCCAUAAAUGAUUGUGAGCCCAAGCCUGCAGCUAAAGUUGGCCAAAGGCUCACCAAGAUCAUGUCUGCCAUACUUGAGUCUUAUGCUUCUGAUGACAGGCGCCUACUUGAUUACAUUGGCAUAAGCAACAGUGAGGAAUUCCGGAGGUACAUAAAUUUGGUUCAAGAGCUUCACCGAGUAAACCUUUUUGAACUCUCGCCAGAUGAGAGGCUAGCCUUCUUCUUGAACCUGUACAAUGCCAUGGUCAUACAUGCAGUUAUCAGGAUAGGGCGUCCACAAGGUAUAAUCGAAAGGAGAUCCUUUUACAAUGACUUCCAGUAUAUAGUUGGAGGUUAUUCCUAUUCCCUUAGUACCAUCGAAAAUGGGAUCCUUAGAAACAAUCGCAGACCUCCGUAUUCCCUAGCGAAGCCAUUUGGCGCUGGAGACAGCCGCAUACAGCUUGCUUGUGCUAAAGUGAAUCCAAUAGUCCAUUUUGGACUCUGCAAUGGGACAAGAUCAAGCCCCAUAGUAAGGUUCUUCUCACCCCAAGUUAUCGAAGCUGAAUUAAGAUGUGCAGCAAGAGAGUUCUUUAAGAGUGGUGGAAUGGAGGUGAACUUGGACAAGAGGACUGUGUAUCUCACCCAAAUCAUCAAAUGGUUCGAUAAUGAUUUUGGACAAGACAAGGACAUUCUAAAGUGGAUCCUCAAUUACUUGGAUCCAACUAGAGCAGGUCUUUUGACACAUCUGUUGGGUGAUGGAGGACCUAUACAUAUUUCUUACCAGAACUAUGAUUGGUCCAUGAACUCUUGAUAACCCCUUAUGGUGCCACAACCCUUAUGGUGCCACAAACAAUCGUGCUCAAAUCGAGUGACAGUAUUGCAUUGGCAAGGGAAGUGUGUUGUUGUAUAUAAUACCUCAAUUUUUGAAAAAAUAAAAAAUAAAUAUAGGAUUGUUGAUUUAAGUUUCUUGUAAGCCUUUGUUACAAGUAGGAAAUAAUUUGGCUUCUCUACUUUGAUUUAUGUUAGUUGGAUUUGCUUGGAUGACUUAUAACCAUUGGAUUGAGUACAAUCUGGGACCAUUAUGUCAUCCUUACUUCAUCUAAUGGUUAGAAGACAUCUAAGCAAAUCCAAGUAACUUAAAUCCUAGCAGAGAAUCCAGAUCCGUAGUCUUAUAUUUAUACUUUGGGUGCUAAACAUUUCGCGUGAAGAUUUGUAUUUUCAAUCCUUGUUAUUCACAAUAGAAAGAGGAAACAAGCUAAAUAAUAUGGUAUCAAGAUUAAGAACUAUUUUCAAGCCUAUUUUGACCCAUUGGGCUUCGUUAUCAGUUAUUUGGGUUAAGCUAUCAUCUUGGGCCAAUAAAAUAUAUAGACGCGGGCAUUCGUAAUAUAAGCCCAGACUAAAGGUAAACCACAGGCCCAGUAUAGUUCGCGCCACUUGUUCCCGCCAAAUAUUAGUGAAAGAAACAAAUAGAAAUCCA